ACACUGCGGGUGUGGACUGUGAUGGUUUGAUUUUUUAUGUUGUUCUGUUGAUCGAUUCUUUUAAUUUCUAUACUGUUAUUUAUGUCUAAUUUAUAAAUGAAAUCUAAUAAAUAACAACAAUGAAACGUUAUCUUUCCAUAGUUGUGAUUUUAAUAUUCUGUUUUGCCCAAGUGUUAAGUCUAGAAUGUUACGUGUGUGAAAAUCAAGAAGAUAAUUCAGAAAAAUGUGUGAAAACAAUCAAAACGUGUGCAUAUAAUGAAGAUGUAUGUUUGACCGAAAUUAGAUGGGGCAGCACCCCUUACUGGUCACAAGGCGCUAAGAAACAAUAUUAUGUUUCUAAGCGGUGCUCUAAUAUAACAGAAUGUGCUCUGACGAGACAGCGAUUCAUGCCUUUAUGCACACAUAUUUGGUAUCAGGAUUGGGCGUGCUCCGAUUGCUGUCAAGGAGACAGAUGCAAUUACUAUGUAAUUAGUGGUAGUUCUACAGUGAAACCAAUCAUUUGUAUGCUGAGUGGUCUUUUAACAUUAAUAUAUUUAUUUUCAGUGUGAAUUGAGUUCCAAUUAGAAUAGUGGUAAAUCGUUUGAUAAAACAAUAAUUAUUUUGAAAAUAAUUGUCAUAGUCAUGACCAUUUAAUUAAAAACAAAUCUAUUAAAAUCUAAUUUUAUAUUUUCUUACAUUUAAAAUUUAAAUAAAGUUCUUUUUAUGUGUAAUAUGACUUAUUAUAAUGUUUAUAAAUGGGGAAUUGCUAAUAUUUAGAUCUGUUGAUCAUGACAAUCAUAAAGUAGUUAUAAGUACUUUUAAACAUAGCGCAAGAAUAAUUUGUUUAUAAAAAUUACAUUAUUAUGUCAAAUCUUGUGCCUUAUUUUUUAAUUAUUGCAUGAGAUGAUUAUUUGUAAGAAAUAAGAAAAAAUGUGCAUGCGAAAAAAAAAACUUUGAAUCCGUCCAAUCAAGUACCUAAUGUAUAAUAAACUUUGAAUAAAUU